AUGCCACCCAAGAAACUCGAACCCAAGAAAGAAGAACCAAAGAAGGAGGUGAAGAAACCUGAGCCGGAGGUGAAGAAACCUGAGCCGGAGGUUCCCAAGGAGCCUGAAUUCGACCCCAAGACAGUUACUCUUGAAUUCACUCCUGAUCAGAUUGAAGAUUUCAAGGAAGCAUUCACCCUGUUUGAUAGAACACCCAACUUAGAGAUGAAGAUUACUUAUGGCCAGUGUGGUGAUGUCAUGCGUGCCCUGGGUCAGAACCCAACCAAUGCAGAGGUCAUGAAGGUCUUAGGAAGACCCAAACAAGAAGAUAUGAAUACCAAGAUGCUGGACUUUGACACCUUUCUGCCAAUGCAUCAACAUAUCUGCAAGGUUAAGGACCAAGGAACAUUUGAAGACUUUGUUGAAGGUCUGAGAGUAUUUGAUAAAGAAGGAAAUGGCACAGUAAUGGGAGCUGAACUUCGACAUGUCUUAGCCACAUUGGGUGAAAAGAUGACAGAGGAUGAAGUAGAGCAACUGUUGGCUGGUCAAGAAGAUGCGAAUGGAUGCAUUAACUAUGAAGCCUUUGUAAAACACAUCAUGGCUGGCUGAAAACUGGGAGCUGUUGAAGAAUAUGUUUCCUUUGACUUCUCCAGCCUUGUCCUCCCUUUCGACUGACAGGACAUUCAUCCUUUGAGCCCUUAUUGAUCUCAACAGCCCUGAAAUUCCAUUGAACACUUAUAUCCGUGAAAUAUCUUGUGAACUGAAACCUUUCUGUAAAACUGUCAGUAACUAAUAUCAAGGAUUUCCUUGUAUUGCCUAAAAGUCAUUGUUUUC